AUGGCUCGCAGCAGGAUCUCCCAGCUCUCGGUGCAGGACGUGCGCUUUCCUACGUCCCUAAGUGGCCACGGCUCGGACGCCAUGCACACAGACCCUGACUACUCGGCUGCCUAUGUUGUCAUAGAGACUGAUGCAGAAGAUGGACUCAAGGGCUAUGGCAUUACUUUCACUCUGGGUAAGGGCACUGAAGUUGUUGUCUGUGCUGUGAAUGCUCUUGCCCACCACAUGCUUCACAAGGAUCUCAGGGACAUUGUUGGUGACUUCAGAGGCUUCUACAGACAGCUCACAAGUGAUGGGCAGCUCAGAUGGAUUGGUCCAGAGAAAGGUGUAGUGCAUCUGGCCACAACAGCCAUUCUGAAUGCUGUGUGGGACCUGUGGGCAAAGCAAGAAGGGAAGCCUUUAUGGAAGCUGCUUGUGGACAUGGACCCACAGAUGCUGUUGUCCUGCAUUGAUUUCAGGUACAUCACUGACGUCUUGACAGAAGAGGAUGCCUAUGAAAUACUGAAGAAAGGUCAGCUUGGUAAAAAAGAAAGAGAAGAGCAAAUGCCGAGACACGGCUACCCGGCCUACACCACAUCAUGUGCCUGGUUGGGGUAUUCAGACAGUACAUUGAAGCAGCUCUGUGCAGCGGCACUGAAGGACGGCUGGACCAGGUUUAAAGUAAAAGUUGGAGCUGAUCUCCAGGAUGACAUACAAAGAUGCCGCCUCAUCAGGGACAUGAUUGGACCAGAGAAGACUUUGAUGAUGGAUGCCAACCAGUGUUGGGAUGUGCCUGGGGCAGUGGAGUGGAUGUCAAAACUGGCUGAGUUCAAGCCAUUGUGGAUUGAGGAGCCCACAUCCCCUGAUGACAUCCUGGGCCAUGCAGCUAUUUCCAAGGCAUUGGCCCCAUUAGGAAUUGGCGUUGCCACAAGAGAACAGUGCCAGAAUCGAGUGAUAUUUAAGCAGCUCUUACAAGCGAGUGCCCUACAGUUUCUCCAGAUCGACAGCUGCAGACUGGGGAGUGUCAAUGAAAACCUCUCAGUGUUACUGAUGGCCAAAAAGUUUGGAAUCCCUGUUUGCCCCCAUGCCAGUGGAGUUGGACUUUGUGAACUGGUACAGCACUUGAUUAUAUUUGACUAUAUAUCAGUCUCUGCCAGCCUUCAAAACAGGAUAUGCGAAUAUGUGGACCAUCUGCAUGAACAUUUCAAGUAUCCUGUGGUAAUCAAGCAUGCUUCCUAUCUGCCUCCCAAGGAUGUAGGCUACUCAACAGAAAUGAAAGAGGAAUCUGUAAAGAAACACCAAUACCCAGAUGGAGAAGUCUGGAAGAAACUUCUCAUUGCUCAAGAUUCAUGUAGUCAGCCUUAA